GUUUAAAUUUUCUUAACUAAGGAUCUGCUUCAGAGUUUUAGAGCUGCAGCCACUGAGGUUUACGGUUUUGCAGUAAUAUCCAUUUUUCAAUGGAGAUGCGGCCCUCCUCUUCCAUCUGCUAAGUCUGGAGGCAUCCAUGGCCAUGGCCAUGUCAUCCUUCUCUCUUUCUCUCCCUGCUACUAAUCCUAAAAUUUACAGUGGCAGCUCCUUUUCAGUAGUCCUCCAUCGUCGACCACGCCCCACCAGAAGCAGAGCCGCCUCCUGCUCUUUGUCCGACCCUUUCGUCAUUGAAAUUGCAGAGAAGCUUGAGGACUCUCUCUCCUCCUCCUCCUCCUCCUCCUCUUCGCCAUCUCUCCAGAAGCUCAGAGACCUCUCCUCCCAAUCCCUCCUCACCCACCCAUGGCCAACCCCCAAACAGGAGCCAUUCCGCUUCUACUCUUUCCAUUCUCUCACUAAAACACCAAUCUUCCCCACCUCCUCCCCACCUCCGCUUGCACUUCCACCAACGGCACUUUCUCUCUCCUCCCCUCUCCCCAUCCUCAUCCCCAUCCUCGACGGUCACUUCAUCCCCUCUCUCUCUCAUCUCUCCUCCACGACCCCGCCCGAACUCUACAUCGGCAGCAUAUCCCAAAAUCUCCCCCCUUCUUUCUCCUCUCACCUCCUCGACUAUCUCUCUCACCCCCCGGAAGGGGACCUUUUCUCCGCCCUCAAUGGAGUCGGGGCACCUGACGUGCUCCUCAUCCAUGUGCCCUCAGGUUGCAAAGUCCAAGACCCGAUUCACCUCGUCUUUCUCUCUUCUCAAGGACGAGGGGGUAGUGACAGUGAUCACUGCAUUCCGAUGUCGAACCCGAGGGUCCUAAUAUGGGUAGAGAAAGACGGAGAGGUCUCGAUUGUGGAGGAAUAUGCAGGGGAUGGCUCACCUGAAAGGAGGGCUUAUUGGACUAAUUCAGUUGUAGAGUUUGUGAUGGACAAUUGCGCCAGUGUUUCACACUCUUACAUUCAAGGACAGGCCGAGAAUUCUACCCAUAUCAAGUGGACCUUUGUUCACCAGGGUUCAUGUAGCAGCUAUACACUUGUGGAAACAAGUACAGGCGGAGAAUUGAGUAGACAUAAUCUCCAUAUUCAGCAAAUGGGGCCUGACACUGUAACUGAGCUAUCAACAUUUCACUUGUGUGGAAGUAAGCAGAUACAAGACUUACACAGCAGAUUGGUUUUGGAUCAUCCUAGAGGUUAUAGCAGGCAGCUUCACAAAUGCAUAGUGGCUAAUUCUUCGGCUAAGGCAGUAUUUGAUGGCAAUAUCAAGGUUAACAGGAAAGCUCAGCAGACAGAUGCUGGACAAUUGACAAGAAGCCUUCUCCUUGCGCCCCAAGCAACUGUCAACGUGAAACCCAACCUUCAGAUUGUGGCUGAUGAUGUCAAAUGUUCUCAUGGAGCUGCAAUAAGUGACCUCGAAGAUGACCAGCUCUUCUAUUUCAGGGCUCGAGGGGUGGACCUACAAACAGCUAGGAAUGCUCUCGUUUUCUCCUUCGGUGCCGAGGUUAUGGAGCGUCUCCCUCACAAAGACCUCCGCAAGAAGGUAGAAAGCGAUGUCAAAGGCUUGCUUGCAGCUAAAGGAGCUUUCCAAUGAAACCUCUUGUUUACUACCACUUCAAACCAUUAUGUCAAAUUCAUAUUCAACGUCAGAGUAUUGUUUGAAUUUGUUGUGCGUUAAGCUUUCCAACCUUCUCUUUCUUUCUUUGAUUUAGUGAGCCUACUGAAGGGUGCAUCUAUCCUUCUUUAUUUUGUGCA